AUGGAGUCGGAGAGGACAGCGAAGUUGGAGUUUACUGUGCAGAUGACGUGCGAAAGCUGUGCAAACAACAUUAGAGGAGUACUGGAGGGGAAAGCAGGGGUGCAGUCUGUGAAUGUGGAUGUGGCGUCAGAGGCUGUGCUGGUGGAGACCGUUCUGACCAGUGCAGAAAUCCAAGGUCUGAUUGAAAGCACCGGCCGCAGAGCUGUUCUGAAGGGCAUCGGAGGAUCACAACAAGACCUGGGGGCAGCUGUGGCCAUGCUGUCCGGCUCGGGCUCGGUGCAGGGAGUGGUGCGCUUCCUGCAGGUGUCUCCAGAUCGCUGCCUCAUCGACGGCUCCAUCGACGGACUGCAGCCUGGAGCUCACGGCCUCCACGUCCACGCUCUGGGAGACCUUACGCGCGACUGUCUCAGGUUCUUUUAG